AUGAUUGCACACGCCCCAAGUAGCACUCUAGCACAGAGAUGUGGACGAAAAGGAAAGGGAUUGGAUAACCAUGGAAGGACUUAUAGCGUACUAUCUCGGGGAAACACUCAAGUAGUCCGAGCUAUCGAUUCAAGGAGGCUUAAGCAGACAGCUCCUGCACCAGCAACAAUAUCCAAUAGUAGCCUACAAGAUGCAGGGGUAGAGUAUAGUGGAGCUGAACUGGCUUCUUACAUGGGGCAGCUGAACAAUUCCAGGUGAUCCAAAAAAAACAACUACAGGCACGUCACCAUUGGUGUCAUUACAGUCUGAGCUCUCACCUUUCCUUCUAGGAAUGAUGGUAAGAGCAAUAGUCAGUACACAUGUAAUUAGCUCCUUUUGGUCAAGCUUAUCCAUGUAUUAGUGAGAAUAUUAGAUAUAACUUUUCAAUAGUUUAAUUGAUAACAGGGAAGUUGGGCCACUGUUAUCUUAUCACUUUAAAUGUUACUUUUAGGAUUUAUUAGCAUGAUUAAAAUCUAAAAUCACCUUCGCAAGAAAAGUUUACAAUUGUUUUACUAAAUUACCCAUAUUUGUUGAAAUAGUUUAUAAAUUCUGAAAUAUGUGAAAAUAUAAUUUCAUCUAAUAAAAUGUGUUAUUUAUAAUAUUAUAUUUUAUCUAUAUUGAAAGGGCUAAUUCAAAUGACAUUGACAAUACUUCAAAAAUGUUAUUUAAAUUACAAAAUAAAUAUUUUGGGCAUGGCUAAAGUUAGAGAUAAAAGUCUGUUUGAUAAAAUUUACGCUAUACAAAAUUAGCAGUUUUUCUAAUAUAAAUUGCUAACAAACUUUUUCUCCUGAUACUGCAAAAUUUCCCUUUCCCAUCACUUUUACCCGUUUUCUAAUUAUUUUGUCUUUAUUCAGAUUAAAUAACUUAUUUCAUAACAAAAGUUGACCAAAUCUCCUUUUGUAUUGUUUUAUAUUGGAAAAAUAAAAUAUUGGAAUGUUGCAUAUAAGCCACAAUUACCAUUAAAAUGUUACACUUCAGAGAUUUGAGGUUAAUAUAUCCUUAUUUCUGUUAAUUCGUAAACAUUUUUUUCUAGUCUUCUUAUAUGAUAGCUAUUUAGUGAUAUAUUUGGAAGAAAGGUCCUAUGUAUCUAUCACUUAUUAAUAUCAUAGAUUUAUGUAUUUGUGAUAAGUUACUCUAACGCUGAUAAUUAGUUGAAUCUGAAGAAAAUGCUCCCAUGCAAAGCCAAUUUUAUUUACCAGAGUAUUUUUAAAUUUUUAGGUAUCUCCUUACCGCGAUGCUGUAGAUUUCCUACGAUAGUUGAUGAUAAUAUUAAUGAUAGUUUUCCUUAAGGGAGAUUAGCAUAGGUAAUAAUCCUGAACAUAACUUUUUGUUUCUAAAAACAUAAUUCCCAUAUGUGUAUGUAUAUAUUUGUGUAGUACAUUUAUGCAUAGUUGUAGUAGACAAUCAUCACAGUCCUCCGAAAACUGACAAGUUAUAUGUCUAUUAAAACUAAUAAUCAUAAUUAACAUCUAAUAUAUUCUUACAGAUAUUUAAAUCAACUAAACAUUAAAAGUUAAGUUUUAUUUAAUUACAUUUGCCAUUGUUUGUAUGACAGUAGAAAAUAAAAUGACUAAAUUUUAUUUACUUAUUAACUUUUGUUUCAAAUAAGCGAAACUAGAGCCAAACAUCCUGGAUUUGACCUAAUUUUACACUCUGCCCACCAUCAAGGAGAGAUAGUAUACAAUAUUUUGGGACCCUAUAAGUAGGGCAGAAGUUUACUAGGAUUAUUUCAGAGGUAUGGAAUAAACCCUUAGAGGAAGAGAAUUUCUGGGUUCUCCCUAAAACUAUAAAUUUGUUUGUAAUGCAUAAAUAAUUUAUUUAAUUUUACUAUAGCUCGGGGCACCCCAAGCAUGCUUGUCCCUCAGUAUUUGUUCUCCUUGUCACCUCCUUGAUCCAUUCAUAUAGUUAGAUUGAGUGGAGGUACCUAUAUCGUGAGCUCAUACUGUUUUUGGAGAACAAAGAAGGCAUUAUGUAUUUCAAUUAAAUGUGUUUCAUUAAAUGUCAAUUUUGAGCUUGAUUCCAUGAUUUGUAUUGUGACUAGAGUCAUAUAUUUAUUUUUUUAUUGUGAAGACCCAUAAAGCGCUUAUCUGACUAUAGCUUGCUCUUUCAAACUAUGAUAGAGACCAUUAAUUUUUUUUUUACGAUUACUAUGGAACAAAAUCGAAUGAUAAGAAAAGAAUUUUUAUUUCAAUCAGAUUUAAGGUAACUGAGUAAGUUAUUAUUCUAUAUUUCCUAAUCUUUUCCAACAUAAUAUAAAGUUAGAAAUUGGUAUGUUGUGUAAUAAGGGAUUUCAGUCAUGAAUAUUGUAUAAUUUUAUUUAAUUUAUUUUUUUGAGGAGGGGAGAGGGGUUUUUAAGAAAACUGUUGAUGUGUCUAAUAUAAUAUAUAAUGUGUCUCUAUUGAAAAAAAAAAAAAAAGCUCAACACAUGAUCUAAUGGGUGUAGUAGUUAAUUAAAAGCUGAACGUUUCUUUUUUGACAAAAUGAAAAGUACUCAGUAUCUAUUUGGUCUAAAUAAAAAAUAUGCUAAUGAUAAAUAUUUAAAAUAAAGCACGAAAUCAGAUUUUUUUUUUUUUAAUUUUUUGGAAUUGACCUUGAAGAUUUUUUUGCCACCUUAACAAGCCUAGUCCAUCUCUACCUGGUUUGGGCUAUUUCUUUCUAGUAAUCUGCACGCAACUCUAUUACAUCUUUGUUGAUUCGAUCUAUCCAUCUGCUUUCUGCCCUUCCACCUGGCUUUUUGCCUAUUAAAUAAGAAAUUUAGUAAAUAUAAAAUACUAUUUAUUUUAAAUUAUUGUAAAUACUAUAUAUAAAAAUUAUUGGUACUUAGUAAUGUAUUAUUGAUUCAAAAGUUUUAUUCAAUCCUAAUGACCAUAUCGGGUUGAGACAAACUCAAUAAAUAAAUGUUUGAUUUUGAAACAUGUUGUGCUAUUUAAUAAAUUAAAAUAUCAAAUGAUAUUUGUCUAUAUUUUGUGAAGUAAGGUUAUUUUGUUUUACAUCUAAAGUUAUAAAAAAAAAAAAAAACAUAAUAUUUUAGUAUUCAUAAAUUAUUUUGGAUUCAGGCCAUAAUUAGCAUUUACUUUUAUCAAAAAUAAGGUAUAAAAUUAAUGAAUUUCAUGUUGAAGUUAUAUUUUAUACAAAUUAAGUUGGAAAAGAAUAUUUAAUUAUUGAAAUAGUCUUUCUAAAUGUUUAGAAAUUAAAUUAAAUAAUUUUGUUAUUAUUUGAUUUAAAUGCAAUUCCCAAAUACUAUUAAAAAUUAUGGAAUUUCAGGGGAUAACCAGUAAUGAAUAUGUUCACAUCGGUGUUUAAUGUAUUAUAAUAUUUUAAUAAUUAAUGUGUGUUAUAUGUCUUUAAAUGAACCAUUUUACUCAUAUCAGAUGUUAAUAAUAAAAAGUUUUAAUAAAUUGUUUAUUCUUGUAGUAAAUAAUGUAAUUUUAGGAAUAUAUUUUAAUAUCUGUGCAGUCAAAUUAUUGUAUAUGAUCUUUUAUAUCUUAUUUUUAUGUGAUGUUGUAUAUAAGUAGCUUAUUUUUUAAAUGUAAGUACAUAUUAAAUGUAAAAAUUUUGUGAGUUGAAUAUUUGAUCUCAUCGCUCAUUCUUUAAUAUUAAAUUGGGACACUUCAUAUAUAUAUAAAUGUAUGUUUGAUGUGCUUAUGAAUAUCUGAUGUGAUAUUGAUAUUUAUUACUUUUUUUUUUUUUAUUAUAUCUUAAGUAUCGCAGCCAUUGUACAAAAUAGCUUGUUUAGACUAGAAUGAAAUUAAAUAUAAUUUGUUUGUAUAAUAUGCGCAAUUUUUAUUUUUAUUAAUUUACUCAAUAUUAUUGUUGUAAUAACUACUUUGUGCAUAUCUUUUUUGUACACGUUUUUGAAUCAAUCUUAAUAAAUGUUAUACUAUAGACUUUUUAUUAACUUAUUUUUUAUUUUUAGAUUUGUUAUUAUUUUUAAGGUUUAUCUAUUUUAGUAAUAAUAUUUUUAUUUUUUAUUAAGCAAUAUUUUAUUAAUUUUUUUAUUAUUCCUAUAUAUACUUGCUAUCUUAUAGAUGACAGAUAUUUUUAACAAAGUAUGUUCAGAAGUUUUAUGGAAAAAUAAAUGGGAGUUUGAGGUGAGUUUUAAAUUUACCAAUGCAAAUAUACUGGAUGUCUCGUAAGUGGAGAGAAAUUUAUAUAGGAAUGAUAGUAGAUCUCAAGAGCUACAAGAAAGUUCAUUUAAACAAUAGGUCAAUUUUCAGCAGAAAAGUAGCAAAACCAAGUUAUGUGUUUUUUAAAUUAAGAUUAGUUUUUUUCUGAAUAGAAAGCGAUAACUAAUGAAAUACUUAAUUUAAGUAAUUAUCAAUUGUUCACUGUAAACUCGUUAAAUUUAAUUUAAAUGAAAAUAGAGUCUGUCAUUGUUAAAACAAUUUAAAGAAGACUUUUUAAUAGAUAAACUAAGCUAACUUCUGUUUUUAAAAAAUCAUAAAUUAUUUGCGAUUUUAUUUUUAUUUUCAUCUAACUAUGCUACAAAAUCCCCACUUUUAGAAAAACUUCUUUGUUUAAUAAGCUUUAAGUGUGUAUUAAUUAAGUUGAGAUUUAUAAGGGAAAAAUUUUAAAUUCACUUCAAGUUGUGUAAAAAAAGAUGUGAUUUUAUCCUGUCAAGUAAAAGUACCCCUGUUUCAAGCUAAAAUGGCUAAAAUUAAUUUUUAUAAAGCUUUUAUUUCUUGUUUUGCCAUGUUAUGGUAUUAAUUAUGAU